AGCGGACGCCGCCACCUGAUCCCAUCCAGGCGCAGCGAGGAGCCGCCGGCACUUGGCGCGCAGGGCCUCCAGCGCCCUCGGACCAGGUGCGGAUUUCGGCACUAGGGGCGAAAGGCAGCAGCGGCCGCCCGCACCCGGGCUGGAGGCAGAGCCCGCGCGUGGGGAGCUUCUCAGGAACACUGGCCCUGCUACCAGAGCCGCAGGAGCCCCCAUGAGUGCCUGCAAAGGGAGUCCUGGAUAGCAAGUCCCUGGCUUGUCCAGGGUGGACAUUCCACCAUGCCAGCCAUCGUACAGCGCCUGCAGCAGGCCACCAAGAUGAUGAGCCGCAGGAAAGUCCUGCUGCUGGUGCUGGGGUGCAGCACUGUGAGCCUCCUUGUCCACCAGGGGGCGCAGCUCAGCUGGUACCCCAAGCUGUUCCCCCUGAGCUGCCCGCCUCUGCGGGACUCGCCGCUGCGCCCCAAGCACACGACCGUGGCCUUCCUGAAGACGCACAAGACGGCCGGCACGACGGUGCAGAACAUCCUGUUCCGCUUCGCCGAGCGCCACAACCUGACGGUGGCCCUGCCGCACCCGAGCUGCGAGCACCAGUUCUGCUACCCGCGCAACUUCUCGGCGCACUUCGUGCACCCGGCCACGCGGCCGCCGCACGUGCUGGCCAGCCACCUGCGCUUCGACCGCGACGAGCUCGCGCGCCUCAUGCCGCCCGGCACGGUCUACGUCACCAUCCUGCGCGAGCCGGCCGCCAUGUUCGAGUCGCUCUUCAGCUACUACAACCAGUACUGCCCGGCCUUCCGGCGCGUGCCCAACGCGUCGCUCGCCGCCUUCCUGCGCGCGCCCGAGGCCUACUACCGCGCGGGCGAGCACUUCGCCAUGUUCGCGCACAACACGCUGGCCUACGACCUGGGCGGCGACAACGAGCGCAGCCCGCGCGACGACGCCGCCUACCUGGCGCGCCUCAUACGCCAGGUGGAGGAGGUGUUCUCGCUCGUCAUGAUCGCCGAGUACUUCGACGAGUCGCUCGUGCUGCUGCGGCGCCUGCUGGCCUGGGACCUGGACGACGUGCUCUACGCCAAGCUCAACGCGCGCGCCGCCAGCUCGCGCCUGGCCGCCAUCCCCGCGGCGCUGGCGCGGGCGGCGCGCGCGUGGAACGCCCUGGACGCCGGGCUCUACGACCACUUCAACGCCACCUUCUGGCGGCGCGUGGCGCGCGCCGGCCGCGCGUGCGUGGAGCGCGAGGCGCGCGAGCUGCGCGAGGCCCGCCAGCGCCUGCUGCGCCGCUGCUUCGGCGACGAGCCCGCGCUGCGGCCGGCCGCGCAGAUCCGCACCAAGCAGCUGCAGCCGUGGCAGCCCAGCCGCAAGGUGGACAUCAUGGGCUACGACCUGCCCAGCGGCGGCGCCGGCCCGGCCACCGAGGCCUGCCUCAAGCUGGCCAUGCCCGAGGUGCAGUACUCCAACUACCUGCUGCGCAAGCAGAAGCGCCGCGGCGGCGCGCGGGCCCGGCCCGAGCCGGUCCUGGACAACCCCCCGCCGCGGCCCAUCCGAGCGCUGCCCCGCAGCCCCCAGGGCCCCUGAGCGCGGCCGGCCUCCAGGAGCCCAGGGCCUGCCCUGCCCGCCAGGAGUCGGCCUGGGGUUGCCUCCAAGGCCCCCCCCCCCCCCGUCAGGGCCCUGUCUUUCCAAGGGGAUUGAUUGAGCCCCAUGUUGAACUUUGGGGUGUCUCUGAGCCCACCUUCCUAUCAUGGGCUGAGCCCCGUCGUCGGGGAUGGCGCUGAUAGGCUGGAUCGAGCCCUGGGCCACCCUCUCCUUCCCAAGUGAUUGGUGACUUUGACAAAAGGCCUGAGGGCCGUCCAGAACUGCCCCCCUGCCUUUUUCUGGGGGCUGAGCCCCACACGUGUCUUUUGCAAGUGGGAAAAGCCCAGGCCCCAGAGACAGGCUGAGCCCCGAGGAGAGGCUGCUCUUCCUGUCUGCUGUGCGGGGCUCUUGCUCUCCUCCCAGGGCUUCAGAGGCCCCUGUACUGUGUCUUCCAGGUUCUGCCCUCCCCACAGACCUAAGCUGCUCCCAGACUCCCAGAACCCAGAGUUCUUGGGUUGGGUUUUUUGUUUGUUUGGUUUUUCUGUUUUUUAAUAAAACAUCUUUAAAA